AUGGAAGCUCUCUACUUCCUCAAGUUCUGGAGACCCGCCACCAACACCCAUAAAGAAAGCCGACCCUCUAGUGGAAGCAGUGAUGACACCACCGAGAUCCCAUUCACAGAUCAUGAAUUUGAAGAAGGGGAAGACUCGUUUUUUGAAUUGGAACUUACUGUGCCUGAUUUUGACACCAAUAAAAGCAGCAGUAACAACACCACCAACAUAAAAAACAACCACCCACUAGACAAAGAUAGCAACGUCUUUGACUCUAAACAAGCACAUCUCGACAAUUUAGCCGACAGAGAGAGCCACAACCCUCAACACACGUUUCAACACCCAACUCUUUCUACUGAUCAUCUCCUUUCAAAGAGAAAAAUCCUCCCCAUCGAACCCCCAUCAUCAAAACCUCAGUCUCCAAUCUCCUUGCUAAAAUCAGCUCCAAGGUUUAAGAUCCUCAUGUUCAAGAAAUCAAAGUCAAUGGCAUCACAAAAAACAGAGAAAACAGGGGAAACAGAGCACUUCAAUGGAGAUAACAAGAAGCAUGAAAACAGCAAGCAUUUCACUGUCAAAUUCAAGCUUGAAGAGGUCACAAAUGUUUCUUUUUUCACUAAACAAAACAGCCUGAGAAAGCAAAUCGCUAGUGGUUCUGAUGAUAAUGAUACAUCAAAGCGAUUUUCAAAGGAAAUGAUACAAAAGUACUUGAAGCUAAUCAAGCCAUUAUACAUCAAAAUUUCUAAGAAACAAAGUGACAAGAUGAAAUUCUCCGGUGAUUUAUCAGUUGGGUCUCCGACAUCUUCUCCGGCAACGGUGCCGGCAAAGGAAAAACAGGGGAAUUUGCCGGCGGGGAUUAGAGUGGGUUCUAGGCAUCUUGGGAAGAGCAAAUCAGCUUCAGCGACCGCCGGAGUUUCUCCUCCAACUGUGAGUAGGAGAGAUGAUUCUCUACUCCUACAACAUGAUGGAAUUCAAAGUGCUAUCCUGCAUUGCAAGAAAUCUUUCAAUUCUUCUAGAGAUUCUUCUUUAAUGUCCCGAUUUGCAAGCGACCCUUUGCAUGAGAAAUCAAUGGCUUCACCCAGAAUUUCAUCAAGUGAAGAAAAUGGAAUGAAGUAA